AUGUGGCAUUUAAUAUCACUAUGUCAUUUGCUGAGUUGUCAAGUUAUUGUGUGGUCUUUGGAUAUCUCAACCCGUACCUACCAUGUCUACAACCAAAGUGAAGUUCUCAUGUUGCCUCUUGGUAAACAGUUCACAAACGUCGACCUGGUUUCUUGUGGUGGUCAAUGUUUGGCCACAAACACAACAUGUUUUAGUUUCGCCUACAACAAGGUUACCAGAACCUGCUCAUUGGGUUGUGGACUUAUCGCAUACAAUAACACAGUGACGGUAGAAAACACAAAGAUUUACUCUGUAAGGUUGAUGUGCGACAGUUCAUCAGUAAAGUACUUGAGUGCUGGACUAAACACACCCAUUUAUUCUUUCGACCAAAAUAUCUACCAAUCAUGUCGUGACGUCAUCAGCAAUGAACCGAGAAAGGUCGUGACCCUUACAUCCGGGCUAGUCGUCAUGUGUGACACAGUGACAGACGGUGGAGGAUGGACCAUCUUCCAAAGACGUGUGUCUGGGACCGUAGAUUUCUACCGCGGCUGGGAGGAGUACAAACACGGGUUUGGGGAUUACGGCAUUGGGGAAUUUUACCUGGGCAAUGAAAAUAUUUUCUGUCUGACUUCUAAAGCUGCCCACGAACUUCGGGUUGAUCUAGUCUACAACGGGACCUACUACGCCAAAUACUCCAGUUUUAAACUGCUAAGCGAGUGUGAAGGUUUUAAGCUUUUAAUUUCAGGUUACAAUGGCACCGCUGGGGAUUCUCUGUUAGGUCAUAGCAACCAUAGCUUUACGACUUUCGAUAGAGACAAUGAUGAUUACACAGGAAACUGUGCCCUGUUGUAUCGCGGGGCUUGGUGGUACAAUGCUUGUCAUUGGUCAAACCUCAAUGGUGUCUGGGGAGAUAUCCUUUUUGGGAGAGGAUUAAACUGGUAUACUCUUACGAGUCACACUAAUAGUGUGAUUUUGUCUGAAAUGAAAAUUAGAUCAAUCAUGUAA